AUGAUCAUCAAAAGGAAGGGCGAGAUGCAAGAUAUUGUGAGUGAAUUCAAAUUCAUAGAUACAUAUAGGUUCAUCAACAUCAGCCUUGAUAAGGCAUGUAGAAAUUUGGGAGACAUGAAUUCCUGUUACUGCGCUAAAUGUCAUAGAGACAGAGAGAUAAAGAAUUUUGAUAUUUUACCAAUUGACGAACAGGGGAAUCUGAAAUUGAAAACCAAUUGUUCAAAGUGUCAAAGUAUUUGUUACAAGGACAUUGACUACACUAAAUUUAAAAAUGUAUGCAGAGAAUUCAAACAAGAGGAUUUGCAUUUAGUGCUGAGAAAGGGAAUGUAUCCUUAUGAGUGGGUUGAUUCCUACAGUAAAUUCGAAAAUCAGUUACCCCUCAAAAUCGUAGAUUGGUACUCAACACUGAGUGAUAAAAAUAUAUCGAAAUCCGAUUUAAAACACGCAAUAAAAGUUUAUGAACAUUUUGGUUUUAAGAACUUUGGAGAGUAUCACAAUUUGUACUUGAAACUAGACUCCGUGCUUCUAAAAGAUGUAUUUGAUAAUUACAGAGAAACCUGUUAUAGAAGCCAUGGAUUAGAUCCGGUUUACUUCAUUUCAACCCCUGGUUUAACAGAUGCGGCCUCUUUAAAAUGCACAGGACAGUCAUUGGAGUUACUAACGUCUCAAAAAACGUAUGAGAUUUUUGAAAAGGGGAAAAGAGGAGGAAUUUCAAUGAUUCCGCACAGGCAUGCAGUAGCAAAUAAUCGGUACUUUUAUGAUUCAAUUACUGAAAAAGUAAGCAAAUUGAGUGAACAAGAAGCUCAAGAAAAAGGUAUUUGGGAUAGUACAAAGCCCACAAGCUACAUAAUGUACUUAGAUGCAAAUAAUUUGUACGGUUGGGGAUUAAGUCAAAAAUUACCAGUAGGAAAUUUUAUAAAUUAUGAAGAGAAUUUAGAAAAGCCCAAAGAAGAGCAAGUUGAAAACAUAAUUCCCUUAGACACUUUCACCAAGGAAUACAUUUUGGAACUAAGUGAUGACAGUGAUGUAGGAUACACCUUUAUGUGCGAUUUGCAAAUUCCAGAAGAGUUAUAUCCGUAUUUUGAAAAUUAUCCAAUGUUGCCGGAUCACUACAUGGCAAAAGAAGAGGAACUCUCACCUUACCAAAAAAAGCUAAUUGAAAAGGAAGUUGGGUCUCAACCCAAAGUAGCUAAAUUAAUGAAUACUAUGUAUGAUAAAGAAGAUUAUAUAAUCGAUUACAGAUUGUUGAAAGAAUGCUUGAGGCAGGGCAUUGUAUUGAAACAAGUGAAAAACUAUAUUCAAUUUGAACAGAAAGCCUGGUUGAAGCCAUACAUUGAAAAAAAUACUAAACUGAGACAAGGGGCGAGAAAUGAUUUCGAAAAAGACCAGCCAAAAUCGAUGAUUAAUUGCGCGUACGGAAAACAGAUGGAAAACGUGAGGGCAUGGUCUGAUGUGAAAUUAAUCGAUUCUCUUGAAAAGAGGAACAAGUAUAGAGAUUUUGAGUCGCGAACAAUCAUAGACAAAGACCAUGUUUUAUUAUAUAGGAAAAAACCGACGGUUUUUCUUAACAAACCGAUCUAUGGAGGAUUUGUUGUUUUAGAGCUAUCUAAAUUAUUGAUGUACAAUUUUUGGUACAAUGUUCUAAAAAAGAGAUAUGGGUCAAAAAUUAGAUUGCUGGCGACAGACACAGACUCGCUAAUUGUUUUCAUAGAGACUGAGGAUGUGUAUGAGGAUAUAAAAGAGUCAAUUGAGUAUUAUGAUACUUCGGACUAUAAGCUUGAAGGAAUGCCAUGUAAGAACAAGAAAGUUCCCGGGGUAUUCAAAGACGAAUACUUGGGUAUUCCGAUUAGAGAGUUUGUUGGAUUACGAUCAAAGAUGUAUGCUCUUCGCACAGACGCGAACGAAAAGAAAGUGGGUAAAGGAAUAAAUAAGUCUAACCUAGAAAAAAAGAGAUUCUUGGAAUACAAGGAUGUUCUAUUUAAUGAAAAACUCACAAAAGAGACAAUUCAUAACAUAGUCUCUGAUAGGUUACAGUUAUACACUUCUGAGAACGUAAAAGUUGGUCUGUCCCCUUAUGAUGAUAAAAGGUACCUCGUUGACAGUAUCAAUACCUUACCAUUUGGAUACUGCAAAAGUGCUGUUUAA